AUGUAUGUGCUUUCUUUUCCUUCUAUAUCCCACUGGCUGAAAGACAAGGCUUUCCCCAAGGUUCUCAGCCUCAAGGGUGACAUGCUUCUCGAACUAGGCCUUCCCAAGCUUGUAGGCAUGGAUGUCCAACCACCAGUACAAAUGAACCCACUGGCAGCCCUGUCCCACCCUUCCAAUCCAACCCAUACAAUGGACCACCCCCCACCUCAGCUCUCGAACCUUUCUCCCAAGCAAUCCCCAGUAGUGGAAUCCCAGGGCCUUCGACAUCCUUUGCAGUGGGCCUCCCUACCUUCAAGCCUGAACAUGCACAGUAUUUUACUGGAUUGCCUGCAUCUGGAUUCAUCGACCCUGGUGGAUGACAGGCUGCAGGCCACUUCCACAAUGAUUGUGUCAGGUCUUAUGUCAGCAUAUUCUGAUGACAGCAGACCACAAGUUCACCAGAAAGCCAGUGGCCCUUCAAACUGGCAUGAGUUCUCCAACAGAGAUCAAGACAUACUCGGUCAUGCACAGCUACUGAUGAUAUAUGAGAUGGUCAUCAAGAUCAGCUGGCCUGUAAUGUCUCCAGGCAAGACUGCUUGGAGGCAAUGGAAAUCAAUGAUAUGUGAAAUCCUUUCACAAGCAUCAGCAAUCAUACCAGGAGAAUUGGCUGGAAAGGCCAGUCCUUAUGCCAAGAUGUUUUUCAUGAAUGAUGAUACAAGGCUCUUCACAGACGAGGCCAUUAUUCAGUGGAAAAACAACAUAUGUGUGGGUAUCACCAACAGAAGUGCUUUUACCUCUUUUUUCAUGUAUGAGCAUGACACAGAUGGGAAAAUUGUCCAUUGGUAUGGAAACCAACACCACGAAGAUUUCCACAUUAACUUCUGGUAUACUGCUAAGCUGACUCCCAUGAAGGUUGGAGCUGCCAAGUUUUGA